CUGUGCUGGUCUGCAGUCUGCACUCUGCUGAAAUAAAUCACAGAAAUAAAUUAAAUUACUAAUAGUGAUCUGUGUAUUGAAGUGGCCAUUCAUUUAAUUUGAUUUCCGAUUUCAUAAUCAGCAGAUUUCAAAGAAUUACUAGUUUUCGUGUCUUGUGAAAUGGCUUUCUUAAUUUCUAACGUCUGCAGGUGCCUGUGCUUGAGGAAUCGUUCCGGUCUCAACGUUGUACAAACUGCGUCAUACCAUGCUAAUGUCAUCGACCACUACGAGAAUCCUCGUAAUGUUGGUUCGUUGGACAAGAAGGAUAAAAGUGUAGGCACCGGAUUAGUCGGAGCUCCGGCUUGCGGCGAUGUAAUGAAACUGCAAAUCAAGGUUGAUGAGAACGGCAAGAUUAUUGAUGCUAAGUUCAAGACGUUCGGCUGCGGGUCUGCGAUCGCUUCGAGCUCUCUUGCCACUGAAUGGGUGAAAGGCAAGACUGUAGAUGAAGCAUUGAAAUUGAAGAAUACUGAUAUUGCUAAGGAGCUGUCUUUGCCUCCUGUCAAGCUGCACUGCUCUAUGCUUGCAGAAGACGCCAUCAAAGCUGCUCUCUCGGACUAUAGGAUCAAGCAACAAGAUAAGAAAUAAAUUAAAAAUAUUGAGAAUGAUGUAUUGGAACAGAUCUGUGAUGGUAUUAUAUGAAGGUUCGAAUGACUAGAUAAUUAUAGUUUAGGUGUAACCAUUAGACCAUUGUAUAUUAAAGCCUAUUCAGUAUGUUUUAAAUUAAACUUACAGGCUUUAAAAUAGUUCCUUUCAUUUUCACAAUGAUUCAUUUAGAAAAAGAUUAUUUUUCGACCUGUCCAAUUUAAUUUAGAUGUUGAAUAGGUCUUGUUAAACCAAUGAAUAUUGAAUAAUAGAACAUUAACUUAUUGAAAUCAUCUCAGAAAGAAAAUGUUUAUUAUUGUUUUAAAUAAAUGUAUUAAGUAAAUGA